AUGUCUUUUCGUACUGAGAUUGAGAAUGCUAUUCACCAAGCCCGAUUGCAUCAGUUGUCGGGAGCUAUCGAACAAUGUCUGUUUGAUUACAUUAAUAUAUUGAAUCAAUUGGACAUAUUGCGAAAUACGGUAACAGGGGAUGAUCUUCAGUGGGUCAAUAUGACUUUUAACAGUACCUUUCAAGAAUACAACACGAUUCGUGCAACGAAUCCACAAGUGACCAUCACGGUGGGUCAAAUGCCUGCUUCGCAGGAAGUUGCCCCCUCGCAACCUGCUUUUGAGGCUGCACCUGCUCCGCAGAGUCAGGUGAGCCAGCCAGCUCUUCAACCGCAACCUCUCUUCCCCAUGUCCCUUCCAGCGAAUCCAACCCAAGCGAAUCCGGUUCCUCUCGCUAUGAAUCCUCCUGUAGAAGCGCAGCCUGCGUUCUCUACAAGCCCUGCCGGAAAUGUGGCAACUGAGGUUCCUGCGAGCACUGCGGGCAGUGAAAGCGCAGCAGCCCCUGGAAGCGAUUUUCUGACGAUGGUGUCAUCAGAAAUCCACGAGUUCGACGCGAAAUACAAAGUGAAGGAAAGUCUGAAGGAGAGCUUCGACCGCGGCGUGGCGAACGUGAAGGCCUGGUUCGCCGAGAAAUCGCUGAAGGACCGCAUGAGCGACGGCCUGCACGACACGGAGCAGUGGCUGCGCGACAACAUGACCAAAGACAAAGUCGCCUCCGGCUUUCGCUCCGCGUCCUUCGUCGUCAUCCGCGGCGCCGUCCGCAUCUCCGCAGGCAUUUCCGACGGGCUCAGCCGGCUCCUCGCGCGCAUGGAGGCGCCGGAGAACGCCGACGGGAACAACAAUAGGAACAAUAAUCCCAAUGCCGCGCUCCUGCUGGACCCCGCCGAUUGCUUGGAGAGUCCGGACACUACCGCCGCCGCCCUCCACGGAGAAAACGGAGAAACCGUGGAAACCGUGGAAACGGGGAAACAGGUAGGGAACGAAGUCCCGGGUGCGCCGUCCCUGCCCUUGAAUCCAAUACCCAUGAACCCUUCCGUGCCCAUAAACCAACCCAUGAACCAACCUAUAAACCAACCCAUGAACCAACCGGCCAAUUUAUCCAUGCCUAUGAACCAACCGGUGAACCCUUCUGUGCCUGUGAACCAACCGGCCAAUCCCUCUGUGCCGAUGAAUGCUUCUGUGCCCACGGGCCAAGCGGUGAACCAGCCGAUGGAGUCUUCGAUGAAUGUGAAUUAG